UGCUGUCUAGGUACGUUGCACGCUCGGUUUAGACUGCCGUGUGUCGUCUUGCACUUCAGUAUUGUGAUUUUCGUCUGCAUAACAGAAUAUAACCACCAGACUUUCUCGGAAUGAUUGUUUUUGUGCGUCUACUUCACUGACAUCAGACUUUUUGAUGAAAUCCUCACAGGAAUGUAGUUGAGAGGGCGGAGACUCUUUAACUCUACAACAUUACAUUCUCCAUCUCCGUCCCGAAACUGUGAACUAUGGGCAAUGGCAUGAAAGAAAAGCCUUGAUCAUUCGGGCUCGUCGGCUCUGAUCAGAACAGGAUCCGAACACAGAGUCGGGUUUGGGAUCAUGGAAAGGUGGAUGUAGUCGUUGGGCUCGAGAUCGAGUGUAGGUCAUACUCACCGCUGGAGUUCAUCGCGGCAUUUACGGUGAACCUUCAGUAACGAAGCUUGUUGUUUGUUGAAACAUUGUGACUGGUGUUUUCUGCCUGUCAGUAACGUUAUUCAGAAGUGCAGCGGAUCACUGCAAGUCUAACCCCAAAAUCCGAUAUCAUAUCUGGGCGGGACGCGAGGAAUUAAGCAUGAGGAAUAACGAGGACACGGACGGCUUUGAUGGCGAGGCCUCCAACACAUCCAUGAUUUCAGGGGCCAACAGUCCAUAUCAACCGACCACCGAGCCCGUGCACUCCAGAAAUGUGUUUAGGGGCAUUAGAUGUGACAUGGAGUAUCUCAAAUCACAUUUCGGUAUUUUAAAAGUAGUCGAAGUGGUCUUGGCUCUUUUUUCUUUCAUUUGCAUUGAGACCAUAAUGAUGUGCUCGCCCUGUGCUGGCGUCUACCUCUUUGAGUUUGUCAGCUGCAGUGCCUUCGUUGUCACAGGCGUCUUGCUUUUCAUCUUCAGCCUGAACCUUCACACCAAAGUGCCGCAUGUCAACUGGAGUCUUACGGAUCUUAUCAACACUGCCACCAGCACCUUGUUCUUCUUUUUGGCUUCAGUGGUUUUGGCAGCGCUCAACCAUAAAUCUGGAGCAGAGAUUGCAGCUGUGAUUUUUGGGUUUCUGGUGACUGGGGUUUAUAGUCUGAAUACUUACUUGGCCGUGCGGGGGUGGCGUCUCGGAGACUCGCGUGAUGGACCCCUGCAGACCAGCGAGUACAUGCGUGCCCGCACCGCCUCACGUGGAGAGGUGGAGUCACGGCCUGAACUACAGUAAAGGCCACAGGCGGACCAAUAAAGACUUAGACUGUGCAAGCCCUGCCCACAGUCUGCAUUCCUUUUGUGGUAUUUUCCUUUACAUUACGGUGGGAAUAUUAGGACAUACAUACAACCAUCAUCAUUUGACUGUAUACCUUAAAAUGUAUCUUUUCAUUAAGAAAGGGGAAGGAUGAUCUGGAUUAUUAUUGACUGAAGUUCUCUCCACAGUGUUCCUUAGCAUCCCCCAACAGGGAACCUUAGAAGUCUUAUGUCUAAACCAGAACCAGAUGGAUGUAAUAAUGUCUGCAAUAAGCCUGACAAAGUCGGUCAAACACCGUUUGAAACCCCACUGUUUAGCUCUACUACCAGUUUUCUAUACAACGUCAUAUUAAAGACCAAAAACACUGUACAUAAACGUUGUACAGCGGUGGAAGAUCAAAUGUAUGUUGUGAUUUUCUGAGACUUUACAUAACGAUUAAUGCUUUGUUUUGGAUUGAAGUGAAAUAGAAAUCGGUGGGCUUUUGUUAUUGAAUGUUUUCACGGCAUUUCAUACAAACUGAAGUCUUUUGUUGUGUUUUAUCUUUUUUAGCCAUUAUCUUAUUAUAUCAAACACAUCACACUAGUACAAUGGGUGUACAUUUAUUUGGUUAUUUUCUCUGUAAAGAUCAGGAGCGCCAAUAUUUAUUUUAAUGUUUAUUAUUUUUUUAUCAAACAUUUCACCUCUGCAGUGUGACCCUGUAUUCAUUUUCAAAUGAUUGCAAUGUGCUGGUGUGUGAAUGGGGAUUUUAUUGCUAGUUCAAGCUUUAAAAAAGAUACUAAUCAUUGCAACUUUUAUAUACUUUAUAGAGACUAAUUUGUGUGUGAAUAGUUUAUUGAUUGUUUUCAUGCUCCUCUUUAUGGUUGUUUUUAAGGAUUUUUUUUACUGUGCUUUGCAUCUCUGUGCAGUUAUCUGUAUAUAUUGAUUCAAAGGAUAGAGUGUUUAAGGAAGGUGUGUGUAUAUAUAUAUAUAUAUAUAUACAGAAUCUGUGUGUGUGAUAUGACAUUCAUGAAGGUUCCCUCUUGGUAUUAAUUGACAUUUAAUAGACUGUAUUUCAAGGAACGAGUGUACUGUGUGUGUGCGGUAUACGAUUACAUCAACUAAACUGUGUAUCUUUCUUAGUGUGCCUUAAUGAUAAAGGCUUGAAUUGUUGAAUCGCUCAAGCUUCCAGACACUAAAUUCUAUUUACUGAACUGAUUGUCUUUAUAAACAUCAAUUCUGAAGGAUUUAUGGACACUUCAGCCCAUUGUUACUAGGACAUGUUUUACCAAGGCCUAGUAUAGUUGUUUAUACUUGAUGUAACACUUUGAUAAAGGAGGUCAUUCCUCAUGUCAUUCAUUUAUAUUCUUGAUUUUAUUACUUUCUGAAGUUCUUAAUUGAAAGCACUUUUUGACUGUAGGCCAAUGUUGGUAUGACAUGAAGAAUACAUCAUCUGGGAUUUAUGAUGUAGACAAAUAAACAGCAGGUUUGAAAUAAAAAUUAUUUACGUUUUCAUGAAGGACCCAUUAAAGUACUAUGUUUACUUUUCUCCACAUUCCCAUACUACUGUUGUAUUUAUACUGUUCUUUCAACCUUAUAAUUUGAAGAUUCUGGCUGGUUUUGUCUGUGUAUUUUCAUGACUCAUUUUAAGAUUCUGACAGUUUGAGGGUUUUGAUAAAGAUUGUAUUGUCUUUCUGAUUGUAUUGCUCAAUUUUUUUCCCUUAUUAAUAUUCAAUGUUUUAUUCUAUGUAAUAGUGAUAUAAAUUUGUAUUUUUGUAUUUAUAGACUUGUGCAUAGACUUACAAAAUGCUAAAUUGUUUGAAAAUAUUUGUGAUGGCAAUCAUUUCCUCAAAUAAAUGGA